AUGGCGACGAUGACGAUGCAGCUGGGUGGGCUGAUGCUGGCUGUGCUGGGCUGGCUGGGCUCCAUCCUCACCUGUGCGCUGCCCAUGUGGAAGGUGACGGCCUUCAUCGGCUCCAACAUCGUGGUGGCCCAGGUCUUCUGGGAAGGGCUGUGGAUGAAUUGCGUGUACGAAAGCACGGGGCAGAUGCAGUGCAAGGUCUACGACUCCCUGCUGGAGCUCACCUCCGACCUACAAGCAGCUCGCGCCUUGGUGGUCACCUCCAUCUUCGUGGCCUUCUUCGCCUUCCUCACCGCCAUCUCGGGUGCGGACUGCACCCGCUGCGUGGAUGACAAGAGCACCAAGACCAGGAUCUCCAUCGUGGCAGGUGCCAUCUUUGUCCUGGCCAGCAUCAUGCUGCUCAUCCCUGUCUCCUGGUCUGCUAACAGCAUCGUCAGCAACUUCUACAACCCCAUGGUGCCCGAGGCCCUCAAGAGAGAGCUGGGGGCUGCCCUCUACAUCGGCUGGGCCUCCAGUGCCCUCCAGCUUUUUGGUGGGGGCAUCCUGUGCUGCUCGGGACCCCCGUCCCAGCAGGACCCCUACCCCAAGAAGUACAGAGCGGUGAAAACCUGCAGCCCGAUGGGCUACCCCAUGAAAGACUAUGUGUGA